AACACGAAAUUAUCAUGGAGUUAGUCAUCCUGAGUGGAAUCAUCGUGUCGAAGUUUACAGAGAGUCGUCUGCGAUCACACAACAAAUAUGGCGUAUCGCGGUGUGAAAGGUUCUGAUCCAUUUGUUUCGAAAACCUCUCGAAAUGAACGAUUCGCGCAGAUGUCGAAGCAAGAACAAAUUAUUCAACAAAAGAAACUUGAAAUACAAGCGAAAAUGCAAGAACAGAAAGCGAAAGAAGCCGUAGAAAAUAUGAGAAAGACGAACGCUUUACUUCCGAAUUCGGUUGUUGAUCAAGCAAGUAAUUCCAAAAAAGAAGAAGAGAAACUGACAACGUCUCAAACAGUCAACCUGUUUGCCAACGAUGGCAGCUUUUUGGAUCAGUUCAAAAGAAUCGCGAAUAAUAAUAAAGGAGUAGGGGAUACAGAGUCUAUCUAUUCUUUAAAAUCCGAAGAGAAAAAAGAAGAACCAAACAGGGAAAAUGUAUACGACAAAGAACAAAAGAGAAACAACGAAGGAAACAGAGAUUCGGACAAUAGAAGGGAUCGUAGAAGAGGCGACUCUCGUUGGGGCAGAAACUCUGACAAAAGGCACAGUUCCUCUUCGAGUCCGUCUCCUACUAGGCGUUCGACGUCCCAAAGCCCAGAAGCUCGACGUUCCUAUAAUCAGUCGUCUUCCAAUGGACAGCGCACGCAGCAUAGCCAACAACAAUUUCUUCCUCCGAAUGGAAAUUCAUCCGGUGUCCCUUCCUUCGCGUCUCAACCUACGAUACGUCUGAGCGGUGUACCACCACCUAACAUGACAAAUAUCGUAACUAACGUACCACCUCCGAAUUUAUCGAAUUUACCGAUACCAUCAAAAGUUUCGCCAAGUAGCUAUUCCGCAACGAACAACCAAUCAGAAAAUCCAAGAAUGCAAAUAUCCUCGACGCACUCCAUACAUCCAUCCGUUGCUACUCUAUCCGUGCAAUCCGUUCCACCAAAUACCAACGUACCUCCACCGCAUAUUCAUACCGGUCGAACGAUACCGCCCAACGUACAAAAUUUGCCACCACCUCCUCCUCCACCACCACCUCCGCUUCCAUCGAUAUCUACCUCGCCUUUGUCUUCGUUAUCGUCGACGCCGUUACUGUCAUUAUCAUCGUGCUCCUCCUCCUCUUCUUCUUUUACUUCUACUUCUUCUUCGGCCACUUGUUCCUCGUCUUCUUCGCCGUUAACGUCAUCGACGUUGCAUCUUGCGCCAUUGACUUCGUCGUCACCGGCACUAACGACCCCGUUGUCGUUGUCUCCGUUACCGUCUACGCCAUCCGCCUCGUUAACAUCGACAGCAUCGAGUCCGCGACAGCGCAUGUUCUCGACUACGCAACAGUGCGGUGUACCACCACCUGGACCGUUACAACCGACAAAUUUACCACCUCCGAAUAUCCCUCCUCCUAAUUUGUUGUCAACGAUGACGCAAAUGCCACCAAAUAUGAUGUCGAUUCCUGGAUCGCAGACGAUCACGGUCAGUAUACGAAACGCGUCCAACGUACCGAACAUACCGAACGUCCCACCACCGAACGUUCCGCCGCCCGUCAUGAUGUCCGCUCCGCCACCGAUUCGUAACGUACCCUCCAACAUCAAUUCGGUUCCACCGCCAAAUUUGAAUAUUCCGCCACCGAACGUCCCACCACCGCCACCUCCUUCUUUAAUUCAAACCGCUGCCCCACCUCCUUUAAUGUCGACCAGCUAUCCUCUUCCUAAUCUUCCGAAUCCAGUUAGUCAGGUACCUAUGGGACCACCCAAUCUUCAAGUACCACCACCAGUGAGGUCGAUGAUCGAUCUUCGUACUUCGGAACAGCUAGUGUGUCCCGUAGAGGCUGAGCAGCUGGCACGCAUCGUCGCUGACUGCGGGGAUGAAAUCGAACAGGAAGCGCGAGAGAAGAACGCCCAAGAUCCUAAAUUAUGGUUUCUGCACCAAAAGCAAAGUGCAGCGUAUCUGCAGUACAGGGGAUUAGUGGCAAAGUUUCGUGCCGAAAGAUCCAUGAAGGGGAGUAAGAACAGCGGAGCGGAACCUUAUUGUCCGGAAGAAGCUCUCAGCGAUAACGAGGAUAACGAUCACGCGAGCAUCGGCAAACACGCGUUUACGCAAGAAACAGAUAAGAAAAGAGAGAGAGAAUUGGACGAUAAUUGCACGUAUCGGUCAAAGGAGGACAACAACAAGGAAGAACGUAAACGAAAAAGACGCAGCCGUUGGGGUGAUCCGGAUAACAAAGUGGCCAUAACAGAAAUAAAUACCGCAACCACGCGUAAACAACAAAGCGGCGGCCUCUUGCAACCAGGUAUCGCGAUUCCUGGACAAAUCGGACAACCAGCCGUUAUCAUUCCAUCGGCAAAGGUGCAACGUGCAGAAACGAAAAAUCCUAUGUUGACUAAAAUAUCUCGAAACGAUCCCGCUUUGAUACAGUAUGCUCGACAAACUUUCGGCACGUUAGAUUUAACCGAAGAACAAUGGAAAAAAGCAGAGGAUCACUACAAGAUCAAUCUUUUGUAUCAAAACUUAUUAAGGAAACGAGAGGAAGUAAGACGCUUAGAAGCGCAGGGUAAACACAAAUACGAAUACGACAGCGACGAAGAGACGGAAGGUGGUACGUGGGAACACAAGCUUAGAUCAGCCGAGAUGGAGGCCACUCAAAUGUGGGCCGAAGAAUUAACGGCUCAAGCAGAAGGAAAACAUCAUAUCGGUGACUUUUUACCACCGGAUGAAUUAAAAAAAUUUAUGGAACAGUAUAACGCGGUCAAGCAAGGAAAAGAACCAGACCUUAGCGAUUACAAGGAAUACAAACUUAAAGAAGACAACAUAGGAUUCCAGAUGUUGCAGAAACUCGGUUGGAGCGAAGGACAAGGAUUAGGUAGCGAAGGUAACGGUCGCAUCGAACCUAUCAACAAAGCAACCAAUAGAUUCGACAGUGCUGGUUUAGGUUCUGAAAGACCAGAUGGGGUAUCCAGAGACGACGACGAAUUCGACGCUUAUAGAAAAAGAAUGAUGCUUGCCUAUAGAUUUAGGCCUAAUCCUUUGAAUAAUCCUAGAAGACCCUACUAUUGAGAAGCGGAGCGUCGCUAAAUUACGUUUAUGGCAUUAUACAUAUAUACAUAUUACGUAUAAAUACAUUUUUUAUUUAGUUGGAGAAAGAUCGCCGUUAUUUUGUAUAUUCGAAAGUCUGUAAAAGCGUGAAUAACGAUGUUUAAGCAACGUUAUCUGCUCGAAAGCGCAAUCUAUAUACAUAUAAUUCAAUAAAGUCCCAAACUUGUUUUUACUCUUA